AGGGUGCAGCAGGUGGAGAGGUUGAUGCUUCACGGCUAGAUUUGAGAGUUGGAAAAAUUGUCAAAGUAGAAAAGCAUCCUGACGCUGAUACACUUUACUUGGAGGAAAGUAUGUAUAUACGACAUGGCGCGAUAAGAGUUUUAGUUGUACCUGACUGGCACUUGAAUGCUUUUUGCCUUGUACUUGAACUGGUACAAAUUUAAGAUGUCACUCCAGGUAUAACUUAGUCUUUUAACCCAUUGAUUGCCAGCGGUCUCCCCUUCAUAAGUGAAAUCGUCUGGCAUUAGACAGAGUAAAAUAAUAAAGUAUGGUCCAUUAGGGCGCAAUACAGCUUGAAUACCUUGGGCUUGGAAAGGUCAUAUAUGGUACCAGCAAGUAUGCAAAUAGCGAAAGUUUGGCAUACCUACAUGGUAUGAGGCUGAGAACAAAGAAGUGUAUCAAAGCAUACAUAAUAUUGGAAUUAUCGCAUCCUGCACGAUUUGAUAACCGUUGUUGUGUGUUAGUUAUUGUCACUUGUCAGCCUUCAAAAGAUUUUAAAAACUUUGAAUGUGGGCCCCCUUAGUGAAGAUUACUGUUAUCAACCUGAUUAACAAGACUCCUUCUUGUAGUUGAUAUUGGGGAAGAGAAGCCACGUACCGUCAUUAGUGGCCUUGUUAAACACAUUCCGCUUGAAAAAAUGCAGGUUAGAUAUGUACUCUUAAUUCUUAUAGAAUGUUUCUCUCAAAUAUUACUGGUAGAAGUUGUUCGUUAAAUUCGAAUUUUAUUUUUUGUGUCAGGAUCGUAUGGUUAUGACUUUAUGUAAUCUAAAGCCAGUAAAGUAAGUUUAUGAAACAAACAAACAAACAAGCAAACAAACAAACAAACAAACAAACAAACAAACAAACAAACAAACAAACAAACAAACAAACAAACAAACAAACAAACAAACAAACAAACAAACAAACAAACAAACAAACAAACAAACAAACAAACAAACAAACAAACAAACAAACAAACAAACAAACAAACAAACAAACAAACAAACAAACAAACAAACAAACAAACAAACAAACAAACAAACAAACAAACAAACAAACAAACAAACAAACAACGACAACAAGUCAACAACAACAAUUGCAUUAUGGCAACAAGAGCACUAGAAUCAACAAUCAUAGGACAGGCUGACAACAGUAAUAACAAUAGCCGUGAAACCGCUGCCAUCUACAAAUCAAAAACAACAAAACCAACUCGAUAUUUUUCCACUGUAGAAUGCGAGGUAUUUUUUCGCAAGCCAUGGUUAUGUGUGCCUCCUCACCAGAACUUGUAGAAAUUCUUGACCCACCCCCCGGCUCAGUUCCAGGAGAUAAAGUAAUAUGUGAGGGAUAUCCUGGAACACCAGACGAACAGUUGAACCCAAAGAAAAAGGUAAGGGGGGAGAGAUUUUAAUAAUUGUACAAGAAAUCUGUACUUACGCUUGUCCCCACGUUUGAGAUAUCUGUUCCCAGAUUCAAUACUACCUACACUGGACCACCACGUUUGAGAUAUCUUUUUCAUGUAGUUCAGACACAAACCACGGCAGCUUAUUGUAGAAUACUACCUACACUGAACCACCACGUUUGAAUAUUUUUCAGGUAGUUCAGACACAAACCACGACAGCUUAUUGUAGAAUACUACCUACACUGGACCACCACGUUUGAGAUAUCUUUUUCAGGUAGUUCAGACACAAACCACGGCAGCUUAUUGUAAAAUACUACCUACACUGGACCUCCACCAAUUUGAGAUAUCUUUUUCAGGUAGUUCAGAUACAAACCACUGACGGCAGCUUAUUGUAGUUAUACUGUAAAGAACGAUUGUACUAUUAAAUUUUUGUGUUUUCAUUUUAGAUUUUUGAAAAAAUUCAACCUGAUCUGCAUACGGAUGAAGAAUACGUAGCAAAGUAUAAAGGUUCUCCUUUUGUCGUCGUUGGAAAGGAAGGAUAUUUCAAAUCACAAACAAUGAAGAACUCCGGCAUAAAGUAG